CUUAGGGCGAAUUCGCCGGCGCUUUGCGGAGGCACGCUCAGGAUUGUCAGGGGUAGGGCAAUUCCUGCGCAAUUCUGUCUUUCAGGUGUUGUGCUGGCCAACCGAUGGCCGUAUAUUGCUCAUGUCACUCAUGUGUCGUCAAUGCAUAUCUAGCGGGAAUAUCCACGGAUGGAGUCGAACUGGAACCUAUCCCAACUGCUUAACUAGCUAGCUUAGAUAACGGAGCUGUUCGGCUAUGGACAAAAUUCAUCCUUCAACAAAAUUGUGCUGUUUAGCUUGGAGAUGCAUGGGAAACUAACAAUAGUUACCCUUGUUAAUGACCUAUCUACUGACAUCUAUCCGCAUCUCCCGGCAUUUCCAUCAAAUCGCAACCCUCUGGUUGAACAACACAUCGCUAUUUUUUGCCAAGGGGAAAGAAUUAUUAAACUGCGGGGUGCAGCCGCCAAUGCAGCCAAAGAAAUCGCCGAGAAACCAGCCAUGCUUCGAUGGGGCCAGGCGCUGGUGGGCUACUACGGUUGCUUGCCGAUCACAUAUUAUGGAUCCCAGUUGUAUAGGGACGGAUAUGUGAUAAGUCGCUCAGGGAAGAAUGCCACAUGUAAACCGAACCGUAUUGCUAUAAACUAUUAAAGAGCCGAGAUGUCGCGCUUUUUAGAUGCCUUUGUUCCAAAUGGGCAGUAACAGGGCAGCAGCACGCUGAGCUAUCGCCAUCGCCAUGCUUCAGUCCACUACUACUGUUCUUCUCGCGCUCGCGAGUACUUCUCUUGCUGGCUAUGCCGGGAACUUGAAUUACCGUAGCCCGUCUCACAACCAUCCCGGCCUCGGUAUCUCAAUUCCCAAGGUGCUGAAGCGCUCGGAUCCGGUGCUAGAAUAUUCAGCGGAUCAGUUGAAAUUCACGCACGGCGUUGCCUCUGGAGACCCUUAUCCCAACUCUGUCAUUUUAUGGACACGAUGCGCCCCUUCGACGGACAAUGUUAAAGAGCCUGUAGACUCUGAACGCGGCGGCGAGCUAUAUGACUCUGUCCCUAUCUAUGGGGAUAACGAGGGCAAUGCACCAGUGUCUAAGGCGCCCGUGUGCGUGGAGUACUGUGUCUCCCCGGACAAGGACUUCAAAAGGGUUGCUGACCAUGGUACCGUUUACACGAGCUCUGAUGUUGAUUUCACUGUCAAGAUCGAGGCAUCUCAUUUGAAGCCUUUCACUAUGUAUUACUACAAGUUCAACGUCUGUGGCUCCGACAAGUCUAGCCCUGUUGGAAGAGCCAAAACGUCCCCAACGGAACACGAUGAUGUCACGGAUAUAUCACUCGCGGUGUAUUCUUGCAGCAACUUCCCCAACGGAUAUUUCAAUGCGUACGGAAAUACGGCUCGCAAGGACUCAGUUGACUAUGUUGUCCAUCUUGGUGAUUACAUCUACGAGCUGGGAGGUGAUGGCUCCAGCAUCGGCCGUACGCAGCACCCAAAGAAGAUGAUCUAUACUCUUUACGAGUACCGGAAGCGCCAUGCAACUUAUAAAACUGAUGAAGAUCUGCUUUUGAGUCAUCGUACCUUUACAUGGAUUCCUGUGUGGGAUGAUCACGAGGUUGCGGAUAAUUCCUACCGCGACGGAUCCUCGCUACUCCAAAAUAACGAAGCGUCAUUCAUUAUCGAUGGAGGCGUAUCUGUUGACCAGCGCAAGAUGAAUGCCGUCCGCGCUUACUUCGAGUGGAUGCCUAUCAGGCAAGUUGCGAUGGACGACAACCUCAGAAUCUGGAGAAACUUCAAGAUCGGCAACCUUCUCGACCUUAUCAUGCUUGAUACGCGCCACUACGAUCGGUCCAUAACCGAUCUUUACUUGAACAACGGUUAUAUCAAGAAAAUUGCGGACGACAUCGGCCGAUCUAUGAUGGGACCCCGUCAGGAGCACUGGUUUUAUGACAACUUGAAAAGCUCUGCUAAGAGACAAGCCACCUGGAGAGUCAUUGGCAGCCAAACUGUUUUCUCCCGCGUGGACGAGCUUGGAUCAAUCGGUCUUGGCGUGAAUGUCGAUUCCUGGGACGGCUACAGGGCCAAUCUCAAUCGCACCCUAAGAACCCUAUACGAGAACAACAUCGGAAACAACAUCGUCAUCGCAGGCGACAGCCAUGCCAACUGGGUAUCCGACCUCACUUGGCUGGACGAGUAUCCAUACGACCCCGUGACAGGUGAGGGAGCCAUCGGCGCCGAAUUUGCCGGCACGGCAGUGACCAGCAGCGGGCCCGCGGCCCACGUUGGUAUCGGCAACUUGCAGUCGAAGACACUGAUCAAGAAGAACAGGGAGCUGCAGUGGUCCGAGUUGUACUACCGGGGCUACUUCGAGAUGACGCUCUCGCAUACACGCACGGAUGCCCGGUUCUUCGCCAUCCCCGACAUCAAGAAGAGAAACCCCUAUGAGAUCUCGAUGGCCAACUUCACUGUUAUUGCGGGUGAGAAUCGGCUGUCGCGGGCCGAUGGGUCGCCCACGACGAAUGGGCAGGGAGUGCAUAAUGGGGCGUUGAAGAAUGGGAAGCUUGAGAAGCAGACUGUUCAGUUUAAUACAGAGACUAAGGAGUGGACUAGUAUUUAAAAGGUGAAAAUGAUGUGAGAACUCGGAACGGAAGUUUCCUCAUCCUUUUUCUCUUCCAGCGUCACUCACCUCUUUUUGAUUAUUUUGAUUAUUUUGAUUAUUUUUUGGCUUUGAUAAGUUUUUUCCCCUUCUAUCCACAACCACUAUAUAAUACCAGCAAACUGGUUGGUUACCACCCUAAUCUAUUUGUAUGUAUAUAUUUGAUCUAUACAACUUCUGGACACUUAAUUUAUAUUUGAUAUAUAUAUGCAUAUAUAGCUCUAAUUUGCAGGGCAUUCAGGGGGUUUAACCCCCAGAGGCACAGCAGGAGACUAAAGAAUAAAUUACUAAGCACGGUGACAUCUUGG